AUGCCAGUCCACUCUCAGUGACCUCCGAAUGGCGACAAUGUCCAUACUCCAUUGUCUAUCCUCUGUGCCAGAGCUCCAAAAGAAGACGCAUAUACAAAUGGGAUUCCAAUCCAAGGUCACUGCAAACCUAGGACUAGGAGCAAGCGACUCCCGAAAGCGAAGGCGACGUUGACUGCCGCCGGCCCGUCACCGCCACCGCCAUUAACAGUCAGCUUCCAGAGCUCGUCGAAAGGGUCAAACACCAUCCAUGGAGCUCACCGCGCUGCUCCUGCUCCUCCCCUUCCUCCUCGCCGGCCUCCUCUGCCUCGGGAAGAAGGACGGCGGGGCCGAUGCGCGGCGCCUCCCUCCGGCUCCUUGCGGCCUGCCCGUCAUCGGCAACCUGCACCAGGUGGGCGCGCUCCCACACCGCGCCCUGCGCGCGCUCGCCGCCGCCCACGGCGCGCCCGACCUCCUGCGGCUCCGCCUCGGCCAGGUCCCCGCGCUGGUCGCCUCCUCCCCGGCCGCGGCCGCCGAGCUCAUGCGGGCGCACGACCACGCCUUCGCCACGCGCCCCUACUUCCGCACCGCCGAGAUCCUCACCUACGGCUUCCGGGACCUCGUCUUCGCGCCCCACGGCGAGCACUGGCGCCACGUCCGCCGGCUCUGCUCCGAGCACGUCCUCAGCGCCGCCCGGUCGCGCCGCCACAGCGCCAUGCGAGAGCGGGAGGUGGCCGCCCUCGUCCAGGCCGUCGCCGACCGCGCCGCUUCUUCUUCUUCUUCCGCCGCCGCCGUGGUCGACGUGAGCGGGGCGCUGUACCGAUUCGCGAACGACGUGAUCUGCCGGGUGGUCUCGGGGGCUAGGCUGUCGAGAGAGGAGGAGGGAGGAGGAGGGAGGAGCGAGCUGUUCAGGGAGCUGAUCGAGGAGAACACGGCGCUGCUGGGCGGGUUCUGCGUCGGCGACUACUUCCCGGCGCUGGCGUGGGCGGACGCGCUGCUGUCCGGCGGCGGCGCGAGGGCGUGGAGGAACUUCAGGCGGUGGGACGAGCUGCUGGAAAAGGUGGUCGUUGAACACGAGGGGGCGAGGAGCGGUGCCGGCAUGGAGGAGGAGGAGGACUUCGUGGACGUGCUGCUGGCACUGCGGGAGGACGGGCACGGGCACGGGCAGGACGGGUUCGAGCUGAGCAGGGACAUCAUCAAGUCGCUAUUGGCGGACAUGUUCGCGGCGGGAACGGAAACGACAUACAUCGCGCUGGAAUGGGCCAUGUCGGAGCUGAUGAGGAACCCCGCGGCGAUGCGGAGGCUACAGCAGGAGGUGCGCAGCGCCGCCGCCGCCGCAUCGGCCGGCGGCAUCGCCAAGGCCGACGCGCUCGGCGCGGCCACGGCGCCCUACCUGAAGGCGGUCGUGAAGGAGACGCUCCGCCUUCACCCGCCGGUGCCGCUGCUCCUGCCCCGCGAGUGCAUGCAGGACGCCGCCGUGCUGGGCUACCACGUCGCCGAGGGCACGCGGGUGUUCGUCAACGCCUGGGCCAUCAACCGCGACCCAGGCUCCUGGCACGCGCCCGAAGAAUUCCUCCCCGAAAGGUUCUUGGAGAGCGAGGUGGACUUCAGGGGCGGGCACUUCGAGUUCAUACCCUUCGGGGCCGGGCGGAGGAUCUGCCCCGGGAUGCAGUUCGGGCUGGCGACCGUGGAGCUCGCGCUCGCCAACCUGGUGCGCCUGUUCGACUGGGAGCUGCCGGACGGCAUGGCGCCGGAGGAGCUCGACAUGUCGGACGCGCCCGGGCUGACCACGCCAAGGCGGGUGGGCCUCCGGCUCGUCGCGAGGCCCGUUCGAGUGGGAUCAUGAAACAGGACUAGGCCCAGCAAGCAACGUGCAAAACUAGAGUUCAUGAAUGAAUCAAGAACACCCUCUCGCUAGGGUUUUUCCUCCCGGAGGCGAUUUUAUCGCCGCCGUCGAGAUCUUUGCUUCCCUCCUCCGAUCCCCCUCGGUUGUUGGUUCGGGCUGAUCACGGGGCGAUCUGGUAUCGCUGCCCGGCCUUGAUCGACACCUAGGGGUGAGAGGAGAGUUAGGGUUGGUUCGCAAGGUCCGAUCUGUUUUUCGGACUAGGGUUCAAGAUUGGCUGCGGGAUGAGAUCCAAGGCGGAUAAGGCGUCUGGGUCAAACACCGCAUCGGAGGUGGAGAAGAUGAUGGCUGAGUUAGGGCUUCGUGAGGAGGACCUCGACGAUGUCGUCUUUGAUGAAAAGCAAGCGCCACCAGUAGCUGUGAGAUGGAUGGCGGUGGCCAGGGUUCACAUCGACAAGCCGUACAGUCAAUACUGAUUCUUCAAGAACAUGCGUGCUGCCUGGGACUUGGCCCAUGAUGUGAAGUUUCGCCCUUUGGAGGACAACCUCUAUACUAUGCAAUUUUUCUGUUUAGGUGACUGGGAACGCGUGAUGCAGGAUGGCCUGUGGAAUUUCAGAGGUAAUGCGGUGGUGAUCGAGCCAUAUGAUGGAAUCACAAAACCCACUGAAGUC